AUGGAAGACUUGGUGAGUGAGAUAAAGGGAUCGAAGAAGAACAGUGGACAGAGAGAAUGGUUGGCCUUCAAUUGCAUGGUUGGGCUUCCACACAUGGGGAGGAGUAGUAUGAGUCAUGUCAUGGAGUUUCUGAAGACAUCCAAGGAACUCUUAGCCUAUUCUGCAACCAGUAAAGGAGUUGCAACUUUUGGUGAUGGAGAAGCUGAGGAAAGACAGAGAAACAGAAAAUAUGAGUAGAAUGAAAAGAGGCGGAAGCUUGUAAUAUUCGAUUUUCUGCCUUUUAAAAUACACUUUUGCUUUUGUUUGAUGUCAGAAAAGUUCUUUGCCUAAAUUUCUGCAACCAAAAAGGGGCAGUCCAUUAAGUCAAUGCAGUCAAGCCGGUGACUAGGGAGGUCCAGCCUUGCUGUCUAGUGAGUCAAGGGAUGAAAUCGAAGAAAAUGGUUUUUUUCUCUGGAUAUGGCUCGUGAUCUUUGUCGGACAUCUGAGGCACUACCAAGCUUUAUGUGAAUCAAUGGAG